CGCAAGGAAGAAUCAAGGUCAAAUAAUUAAUAUAUACGAUCAACCGAAAAAAGUUUUUCGAGAACCAUGCGUUGAGCAUCUUUCGACGGUGUCCAAUUCUCAGCUGGAAGUCACCAAAUCAUCAAAUGAAAAUAAAAAGAUAAAGAAUGACGUAAAGAUAGCCAAGACUAAUCCUCACUCGGGUAAUACUGCAAAGUCGCUGGAGCCUAAUCAUCAUGUAGGAAUCGUCAAACCAUUAAAGAAAUCCAGGAUCAAAAAGACGAAUAAAACAACAACUAUGGUUCAUUCUGAAAUUGAAGCAGAUAAAUCUAGUUCUCAAGUUGGAAUUAAGAAACCGAGAAAUUUUAGCUAUAUGAAGGCAGCUCCAUUUAAACACGCAUAUAUUAGCUUCGAAGAGGCGAUAAAAGCGGAUAAUGAAGAAAUGAUGUGGUCUGCUUACACGAAAUGGAAAGAGCAUCAUCGUAAAGAAAUUUAUAGUGGAUUGAUCGAUUAUUAUAUUAAUAUCGGCUCCUUAGACAAAGCAAUCAGUGUAUUCAACGAUUUUAUGCCGAACAAAUUGGUGCCCGAUAAAUCGAGUAUUUUGGAUUUUUUCCAAGAGAGAAUUUCACUAGGAUUAAUUCCCGGAAACUCAAUUUGUGCAAGUGCGAUGUAUAUGCCUUCUAGCUUUCAUGAAACGAUUAAACUAUACCAAUUAUUUAAAAGUAAUGGCAUCGAGUUCAAAAGAAAGAUUUAUGAAAUGAUGCUUAAAAAAUGUCGAAGGGAAAAAAAUAUACAAUUAUUCGACAUAUUUUAUAGAGAUAUGGUUAAACUUGAUUCUAAGGAGUUGGAUCAAGAUGGAAAGAAUUGCUUACAACUCAUUGAGAAGUCGUUCAUAGAAAACAAUCCCAAGCAAGCUGUCAAGGAGUACAUGGAAAUAACAUCACAAGACAUUCAAUCUCAUCCAUUGAUUAUUCUGACUAUAUUUCAGGGUUUGUUUGGUUACCAACAGUUCGAAAUGGCUUAUGAAGCUUUCGACAAGAUGUCCGAAAAAGGUAUCUCAAUUAAUUAUGAUCUUGGACACUAUAUAUGCUUAGCGUUCCUUUAUGGCGAUCACUUACGUUAUUCAGAAAAGGUCAUAUAUUAUAUGAUUACUGCCAGAAUUAUUACAAACAACCAAUUAUUUGAAGAACUGGCACACACAUACCUGUCAAAAGGAUUCGCUGAAAAUGCCGAAAUGAUGAUUUUGUAUUUGAAAUCAAAUAACGGAUCAUACUCGUUAUUGCUUAAUAAACUCGUUGAUCAUUAUAUUAAAUUAAAGAAUUUGGAAAAACUCAAGAGAUGGGUAGAUGAAUUAGCAAUUGCGCCACAAAUUAAGCCGGGACACAUAGGUGAAACUAUCUUACUGAAUGCGUACGGAAUGUUACGCAACGAGACUGAAUUUCUCAAACUAUGGGAAAAGAUGCAGAAAACUUAUCUCAUGGAGGAACUCGGCGCAACCAUUUCAUUAGUCAUUGAUCAUUUUGGAUUUUCAGAAAAUCUCAUCAAAUUAAGGACUCAAUGGAAAAUAUUUUCGUCUGAUCCCACGGUGGAACUGAAUUUAAAUCACUAUAAUUCUUACAUUGAAGCGCUUUGUCGAUGCAAGGCAUUCGAUCAGGCAGCAUCUGUUUUUACAGGCGAUUUCGUAAAUAAGGAAAUUGUACCAAACUUACGGACGUUGCUAGCAAUAAUUACACCACUUAGGGCUGCUAAUAAAAAGAUUAUCGAAUCGAAUCUCCUGGAAUUUGUUAAGAAAACUUGGCCAAAUUCGUAUAUUGAAUUUUGCAAACAUGAUAUUGCGGAACAAAAUUUCAGAAAUAGUAAAUCAAAUAAGACAAAGUUAACGAAUAAUUUCAAAGUGUGA